AUGUUCUUUAUGGCUUCUGUGUUUGCAAAUCUCCUUCGGUCUUCAGACCAACGUACUACUGGAAUCCCCGUCUCCUUCCCACGUGUUUGUCGGCAUUUGUUUGAUUCAACUUCGCCCAGACCAGCGGCUCUCGAACUCUCUUCAGUCCGCAUCAUGUCCGCCUCGGACUUCCUCGCGCUCUACAACGGCCACCAGUUGCACAGUCUGAUGGGACUCGAGGACUGGACGGACCGGUUGAACAGCGCCUACACAGUCGUUGCACUCAUCUUCUGCGGUAUCAUCGUCACCUCAGAGACCUUCUUCCGCCGGUCCAUUGCAUGCCACAUGCCCACCGUGCCGAUGGGCUCCUCCUUUAAGACGUUCGUCGAGAACUACUGCUAUAUUGAGGGUACCGUGGCGUUGCGUCCCAACGAGAGCAUGCCACAAACGAAUGCCGAAUGGAGGUUGCUGCAUGAGACAAGAAAGAUUAGUAGGUUCUGCGAUCGUCGAAUCAGGCCAGAAUCGAGUAGUUUAGGCUAA